GGGGGACCUUUUUUAGUGACGGACCUUCAGGAGCUGCGGUGGGGCGCGUUGCGGUGACCUAUUCAGAUUCGUGAUUCUUCCCCCGCAUCGCCGUGGUUACCGCCUGGAGGGUCGGGGGCGUCGCCGAGGAGCAUGAGCGCGGCCUUGGGGAAAGUGCUGUCCCUGGGAAAGGAAUCUUUUUUAAAACAAAGAUCUGCAUUUUUCAGCCUUGCAUUAAAAUCAUCCAGAAGGGAUCCAGUCUGUUCUAUAGGCAGCCUACAGCAGAACUUUCAAAGACACUACAGAUCCCAGCCCACCCAUGGUAUUGGCCGGUACAGACAUCUCCUUCCCCCAGAGGCCCCUAAGAAAAGGAAGAAUCACGUAGAAAUGAAGGAAAUUGAUCCUGGCACAGAACACACGUACGGAAGCUUGAACAUUGUGGUGACUGGCUAUGACGUCAGUCUGGUAGAGCAUUAUGCUCAGUAUGUUCAUAGGCUCUGCAACAAGGUGUCCAUCAGGGUGGUAGAAAGCUAUGCUUUGCCCACAAAAACUAUGGAGCUGAUGUUGACCGGGGAACAGGACAACAAAAUGCGGGUGGACGCCGUCCUUACAAGCCACCAGCGUGUUGUUCAGAUUAAACAUCUGAGUGCCACGUUUAGUCCUAUUUUCUUGGAAAUCAUUCAGAAUAACCUGCCCGAAGGAGUCCAUCUGUUAGUGAAAGAGCACACAGAGGAGGAUUUCAGAAUUCGAUUGAAGAUUCGCACAGAACUUGAUGAGCUUCGUGCCAAACUGCAGUGAGACAUUAUGGCUCAUCAUACCUUUCAUCAGUUCAAACCACCCUCAGUGCAACUUUCCUGACCUGGUGAACGUUGAUCUGUUUCCUAGAAAAACUAACUCUGCUGAAACAUUUCUGUGAUAUUAUUACAGCAUGUAGUGGUUUCUGUGUAACCAGGAAUAGAAAACAGCUUCCCAAGCUGAGGUUAAAUAAACCUUCUUGAAAUCACCUGCUCCAA